UCAGUCAGUACUGCCUCAGACAGUUAGUUGUACACACAAGAUGACACGGUGUCUUUACCUUUUCCUCUGUUUUUUGGGUCAUUUCCAAAGGAUCCUGCUCGUCGGCUCAGAGGAGACUCCGACUUUUGGAUCUAAAAAUAUUCCCAGACUUCUGCGCAAAGAUGUCAUCGGAGGAGGUUUUAACUACACAGUCCAUCAAAACCACACUAUUUUAUUUUAUCAUGAAGAGUCUGGAGAGAUGUAUGUCGGGGGCAGCGAUUUUGUGUUAAAGCUUGACUCUGAUGACUAUCAAAUCACAAAGACAUUCCAUCUUAAUGCCACGAGCGACCAGCAAUGCCAAGAGGGCCCUUGUCCUAACAUCAUCACUGUCAUCGAGAGGUUUGAGGACAUCCUUUUGGUCUGCGGGACCAAUGGUCACAGCCCACACUGCUGGAAUCUUGCUCCUGACGUAGUGGAGGAUUACGAAGGGACGGGUAUUUCACCGUUCGUGCAUACACAGAACUCGCUGUCUCUUCGAGUUGAGGGUGAUCUAUACGCUGCAGCUCCACUGGAUACUGAUGGAAGUGCCUUGCAGUUCAGAAGGAAAGCAGGAAACAGACCCAAUAUCUGGAUGUAUGACAGCUGGGUGUCAGAGCCUACAUUCGUCUCUGCAUCGUGGGUGCAGCGGAAAGACGACCCUGACAAUGAAAAGAUUUACAUUUUCUUUCGUGAAAAGAACUCCGACCACAACCCGGAGGCCGAUCCGUGGAUUUCCAGGGUGGCCCGAGUCUGUAAGAUGGAUGAAGGCGGAUCAAAACGAUUUUUCCAGAACAUGUGGACAUCGUUUCUCAAGGCUCGGCUGGUCUGCGGCUUCCCAGAGGAGUCCCUCUACUUCAACCGCCUGCAGGACGUCUACGUGCAGCACGCCGAGGACUGGCGUGACACCAGAGUCUACGCCCUCUUCACGAGCAGCUGGAACUCCACUGCCAUUUGCAUUUAUUCAAUAAAGGCCAUUGAAGACAUUUUUGACAACUCCACCUUCAAAGGCUAUGACAAAGCUAUUCCACAACCAAGGCCAGGCACAUGUGUAAAAAACAGCCGCAGCUUGCCGCUGGCCACAGUCAGUGUGGUGAGAGAUCAUCCUGAAAUUAGCGACUGGGUCUACAAGACUCCUUUUUAUGUCAGCAGCAACAACUACACCAAGAUAGUAGUGGACCGCGUCCAGGCAGUGGACGACAUGUACAACAUUCUGCUGCUCGCCACUGACUCCGGAAAGAUCCAUAAGAUUCUCGAAGCCGGAUCUGAACCUUUCAUCAUCUCCGAAACCCAGAUUCUAAAUCAGUCCCCCGUACAGUCCAUGAAACUGGACUCCAAAAAGAAAAAACUAGUUGUGAGUUUUGCAGAGAAAAUCUCUGUGAUGGACCUCCAGAGUUGUCAAGAAUACAACAAAUCCUGUGCGGACUGCGUCCUCGCCCGGGACCCGUACUGUUCCUGGACUACAUUUGGAUGCGUGCCGACCACUGAGGGGAUUCAAAAUGUUCCAGAUGGGCAAACCUAUGUCUGCCGUACAGGUCUGCCAUCAGUCAACCGGACCAGACGGCACGUUGCACCGCCUGUGGAUGUGGAUUUGCUAUCUCUGCCCGCUGUGCCCGUGGGUGUCCCGUUUUACCUGUCGUGCCCCAUUGACUCUUACCAUGCCGUCUACAUGUGGAAGCACAUGGACCGCAGCAGCCCGUGUCUGCAGAUGCACACCAACUGCCUCUUCCUCAUCCCCGCUGUGACCCCGGAGAGCUACGGCAGCUACGAGUGUGUUUCCAAGGAGAGGGACCACGUCAGCGUGGUGAAGAGAUAUCAUCUGACGCAGCAAAUCAACCAACAAGGCAGGACUAAUGGAGCCUGGUGAGUCAGUGAUGUGGUGAGGCAUGCACAUGUUGAGGCAAGUGUUUAGUCUCUUUGCAAUCUGGCACUAGUGUGUUGUGUGCAAAUGGGCGGAGUCCUUCAAAGAAUGUCCUUGUUUUGUUUCCCCUCACACCAACACCACCUACCUCUCCUGACAACCACACCCUACGGUCAGAGAAGCCUUUUAUCAACAUGCAGUAGAACAAGCUUGGUACAGUAGUUGAGUAGACAACCUUUAACCUCUGUGAGUGAUAUAUUUAAGUGUGUCGGGCAAAAGUCUUGGGCCACCACUAAUUGUGUUGUUUUGAAUUAACUUUUUCAAGGGAAUCAUUUUGACUCAUAGCCUACAAAACCGACCUAACUUUGGCAUCAAAGCAUCAACACUAUGUGGCUGUUUAGGGCCCCAACCACUAGGGCAGGGGUCGGCAACCCAACAUGUUGAAAGAGCCAUAUUGGACCAAAAAUACAAAAAACUAAUCUGUCCGUAGCCGCAAAAAAUUAAAAGUCUUAUAUAAGUGUUAUAAUGAAGGCAACACAUGAUGAAAGUGUCUUUAUUAGCUAUAUUAGCCUACUAUCAAAAUGACUUUAAAAGUCUUAUAUAAGUGUUAUAAUGAAGACAACACAUGAUGUAAGUGUAUAUUUGUAUUAGCCUACUAUCAAAAUGACUUUAUAAGUG